CUGGCGCUGCCGGACUUCGUGCGUUCGCGUCGCGUGUGUGCGCGUUUAUCCUGACGCUGAAUGUAUCUCAGCCAAAGCGGCCGAAACGGGCCACGAAAAGUGCUUGAAAAUCAGGCGAAUAGCUCAAGUGAAUGCCAGAAUAAUAAUCAUGCAUAUUGAUAAAGCGUUGAGAGAAAAUCAAAUAUAAAAUGCGGCAAUCGCUGUCCAGUUCCGUGUUAAGUUUUUAUUUGUGUUCGUGUGCUUGGAUUCGGGUAGCAGGAUCCCAAAUACCGACGAUCUCGAGGAUAAACCACUAACUGAAAGAAGGUCCUGCGGUACGGAAAAUAAAACACAGCAAAAGCUCGUUCAAAAUGAUCACCUAAAGCCAAAAUCGGUGCAAACAACAAAAAAAAUAAAAAUAAGAAACGAAUAACACGUGAAUAACUAAAAAACGCAAAAGUUCAUAGCGCAAACAAAGUUUAAUUGGCAUUGGAAAAAAGAAAUGUAAAUUGAUUUUGAAAAAACCAAGGGCAGAGAAGCACAACCGAAAUCCUACGAAAUUAAACAAAAACCAAAGAAACCGUAACGCAAACCACCGCAAAAAUUGCUUUAGAUUAACAAAUAGAAGAGUACGGAACACAUAAAAACCACUCCACAAAUCGCAUCAAACAAAAUGACGCAGCGCAUAUCGGCCACAUACGGAAAUCAUCGAGGGCUCAUCAUUCCUGGCUUUGUGCUGCUCCUGAUUUUGGCCACCUUGCCUGCCACGCGGGCAGGACGAAUCUUCGACGUCACAAAUCUGGACUACGUAAAGGUGAAUGCCGAGGCGGGCAAGAACGUGACCAUUCCGUGUCCGGGGGUCAAUGAGCACUCGCUGGUGGACACGCUCGUGUGGAAGACGGCGUCCACGACAAUCGCGCAGUUUGCCAACCGGAUACCCCUGCUCCACAGUCCGAGGAUUCAACUUCUUUCGGACAACUUCGGCCUGCAGUUUUCCCCUUCAUUAGCGAGUGAUACCUCGGAAUACAUAUGCCUAGUGAACGAUCGCCAUAUACCAGAAGCCAUUGUCGACUUGCUGGUCCAGGAUGUGCCCGAUCCGCCGGAGCGACCAUUGUUGAUAAGUUUCACAUCACGCUCGGUGAAUUUAUCCUGGGCGCACUCGCAGCAUCCGCGGAAUGCGCCCGUCACGCAUUUUAUUAUCGAAACGCGGGAGGGCGAGGAUGGCAUUUGGGAGCAGCUGGCCAGGAUCUACACGAAGACAAAUGCGACGUCAUAUCAGGUGACCGGGCUGACGCCCUUCACCGUCUACAGCUUUCGUCUCCUGGCGGUCAACAAGCUGGGAAUCAGUCCGCCGUCCAAGGAGUCCUACUACAUAGUCACGCUGCGUGAGGCUCCCACGGGCAAGCCCAUACCGACGACGGCCCACAACACGUCCUCCACCUCGGUGUACAUCUCGUGGAAGGCUCCGCCGCCGGAUACCAUACUGGGCGAAUUCCUUGGCUACCGCAUCACAUAUCGACCUCGCGAUCGGGACCCCAACGAUACCAAGGAAAUCUAUAUACGCGACAACACCGUGGAGAGCCAUGAGAUUCAGAACCUACAGACGUACACUCAGUACAAGGUGACGGUGCAGGUGUUCAAUCCCGAGGGUCUGGGCCCGGAGACCACCAUCCUGGUGAUGACCGACGAAGGAGUGCCAAGCAAACCGCAGAAUCUAACCAUCCUGGAUGUUUCGGCCAACAGCAUCACGAUGUCCUGGCAUCCGCCAAAGAAUCAGAACGGAGCCAUCGCCGGUUACCACGUGUUCCACAUCCACGACAACCAAACUGGCGUGGAGAUUGUCAAGAACUCUCGCAAUUCGGUGGAAACCCUCAUUCACUUCGAGCUGCAGAACUUGCGACCCUACACCGACUACCGUGUGAUAGUCAAGGCAUUCACCACCAAGAACGAGGGCGAACCCUCCGAUCAGAUUGCCCAGCGUACGGAUGUCGGAGGACCCAGUGCCCCGGCGAUUGUGAACCUCACUUGCCACUCCCAGGAGUCCAUCACGAUUCGAUGGCGGAGACCCUACGAGUUCUACAACACCAUCGACUUUUACAUCAUCAAAACGCGUUUGGCAGGCCAGGAUACGCAUCGGGAUAUCAGGAUUAAUGCCUCGGCCAAGGAACUGGAAACUGCGAUGAUUCUUCAAAACCUAACAACCAACUCGUACUACGAGGUCAAAGUGGCAGCGGCAACGUUCAGUGUCAUAAAUCCAAAGAAAAUUGUGCUGGGCAAAUUCUCGGAGUCAAGGAUUAUUCAACUGCAACCGAACUGCGAGAAGUUGCAACCGCUGCUGCGGCAGUCGCAUAAUGACUACAACCUGGCCGUUCUGGUGGGCAUCAUCUUCAGCUGCUUCGGCAUCAUCCUGAUCAUCAUGGCCUUCUUCCUGUGGAGCAGAAAGUGCUUCCAUGCGGCGUACUACUAUCUGGACGACCCGCCACACCAUCCGAAUGCCCCGCAAGUGGACUGGGAAGUGCCCGUGAAGAUCGGCGACGAGAUCCGAGCGGCUGUGCCCGUCAACGAGUUCGCCAAGCACGUGGCUUCCCUGCACGCGGACGGGGACAUUGGAUUCAGCCGGGAGUACGAGGCCAUCCAGAACGAGUGCAUCAGCGAUGAUCUGCCAUGUGAGCACUCGCAGCAUCCGGAGAACAAACGCAAGAAUCGCUAUCUCAACAUCACGGCCUAUGACCACAGUCGGGUGCACCUGCAUCCCACACCGGGACAGAAGAAGAACCUGGACUACAUCAAUGCCAACUUCAUCGAUGGCUACCAGAAGGGACAUGCCUUCAUCGGCACCCAGGGUCCCUUGCCCGACACCUUCGACUGCUUCUGGCGCAUGAUCUGGGAGCAGAGGGUGGCCAUCAUCGUGAUGAUCACCAAUCUCGUGGAGCGCGGGCGGCGCAAGUGCGACAUGUACUGGCCGAAGGAUGGGGUGGAGACCUACGGCGUGAUCCAGGUCAAGCUCAUCGAGGAGGAGGUCAUGUCCACGUACACUGUGCGCACCCUGCAGAUCAAGCACUUGAAGCUCAAGAAGAAGAAGCAGUGCAAUACCGAGAAGCUGGUCUACCAAUACCACUACACCAACUGGCCCGACCACGGAACACCCGAUCAUCCCCUACCCGUGCUCAACUUCGUCAAGAAAUCCUCGGCCGCCAAUCCCGCAGAGGCUGGUCCCAUAGUCGUGCACUGCAGCGCUGGCGUCGGUCGCACUGGCACAUACAUCGUCCUGGACGCCAUGCUCAAGCAGAUCCAGCAGAAGAACAUCGUCAACGUCUUUGGCUUCCUGCGCCACAUUCGUGCUCAGAGGAACUUCCUGGUGCAGACCGAGGAGCAGUACAUAUUCCUGCACGACGCUCUGGUGGAGGCCAUCGCCUCGGGGGAGACCAAUCUGAUGGCCGAGCAGGUGGAGGAGCUGAAGAACUGCACUCCCUACCUGGAGCAGCAGUACAAGAACAUCAUCCAGUUCCAGCCGAAGGACAUACACAUUGCAUCCGCCAUGAAGCAGGUGAACUCGAUCAAGAACCGCGGCGCCAUCUUCCCCAUCGAGGGCAGUCGGGUGCACUUGACGCCCAAGCCGGGCGAGGAUGGCAGCGAUUACAUCAACGCCUCCUGGCUGCACGGCUUCCGGCGACUGCGGGACUUCAUAGUCACCCAGCAUCCCAUGGCGCACACGAUAAAGGACUUCUGGCAGAUGGUCUGGGACCACAAUGCGCAGACCGUCGUUCUGCUCUCAUCGUUGGAUGAUAUAAACUUUGCACAGUUUUGGCCAGACGAGGCCACGCCCAUCGAGAGCGAUCACUAUCGCGUCAAGUUUCUGAACAAGACCAACAAGAGCGACUAUGUGAGCCGCGACUUUGUCAUCCAGUCGAUACAGGACGACUACGAGCUGACGGUCAAGAUGCUGCACUGUCCCAGUUGGCCAGAGAUGUCCAAUCCCAACAGCAUCUACGACUUCAUAGUCGAUGUGCACGAGCGCUGCAACGACUAUCGCAAUGGCCCCAUCGUCAUUGUGGAUAGAUAUGGUGGCGCCCAGGCGUGCACCUUCUGCGCCAUCUCCUCGCUGGCCAUCGAGAUGGAGUACUGCAGCACGGCGAACGUGUACCAGUACGCGAAGCUGUACCACAACAAGCGACCCGGGGUGUGGACAUCCAGCGAGGACAUCCGCGUCAUCUACAACAUACUUUCAUUUUUGCCUGGCAAUUUGAACCUGCUGAAGCGCACGGCGCUUCGGACUGAAUUCGAGGAUGUGACAACGGCCACGCCGGAUCUCUAUAGCAAAAUAUGCAGCAAUGGUAAUGUUCCACAGCAUGUCAUACUGCAGCAGCAGCAGCUGCACAUGCUGCAGUUGCAGCAGCAACACCUAGAAACACAGCAGCAGCAACAGCAGCAGCAGCAACAACAGACAGCACUCAAUGAGACAGUCAGCACACCAAGCACCGACACUAAUCCAAGCCUCUUGCCCAUUCUGUCAUUGCUACCGCCCACAGUCGCUCCUCUGUCCUCCAGUUCAUCCAUCACACCACCACCACCAAGUACUCCAACACAACAAUCCCCACAAACCAUCCAACUGCCAUCGCAUUCGCCAUCAGACCUGUCCCACCAGAUCUCAUCCACAGUCGCCAAUGCAGCAUCACCGGUCACGCCAGCAACUGCAAGUGCAAGUGCAGGUGCCACACCGACGACUCCAAUGACAACAACAGUCCCACCCACAAUACCUACAAUACCAUCACUCGCAUCCCAGAACAGUCUAACCCUUACUAAUGCCAAUUUCCAUACUGUUACUAAUAACGCUGCUGAUCUGAUGGAACACCAACAACAACAAAUGCUGGCCCUGAUGCAACAACAAACGCAACUGCAACAACAAUACAACACGCACCAACAUCACAACAACGUCGGUGACUUGCUGAUGAACAAUGCGGACAACUCACCAACCGCCUCACCAACGAUCACCAACAACAAUCAUAUAACCAACAACAACGUCACAAGCGCAGCAGCGACAGAUGCUCAAAACCUAGAUAUUGUAGGCUAAACUAAAGAUAAAUUUACAGAGAGGGAAUUUAAAUCAUUUUAUAAAUGUUUAAAUAUAAAUACUUAAAUUUAAACCUUACACCUACGUACAUAGCGAUGUAUUUAUUAACGUCUAAGUCGUUUAAGUGAGAGCAGAGCGUCUAGCGCUGUGUCCAUAAAUUAUUCAACUAUUCGUUUUACUUUAACUUUACUCUCAGUUGUUCCCCCAAAACAAUCUAAAUUAUUUUGUCUUAUGUAGUUUUUAUAUCGUAAACAUAGGUUUUUAUACACCAUACUUUACCCACAUUUAGUCACAAGGGAAAAACAAAACAAGAACGAAAGUCAGAAGCCGCAGUGAAGAACAAGAAUAAUCGCAAAUCUAAAGUGGAAACGUAGCAAAAUGCACAAAUCGAACAAGUAGAGUUAAUAACAUAUUUGUCUAAUCAUUUAAAUACGCUGAUUACACAUAACUAACGUUAAUGCAGGCUAAUGCUGCACACAAUUGUGCCAUGAUCUUUUAAGCUCCCCCAAGCAAACAACUCCUAUUAAAGUAAUGUUGAAUUAUUAGUUGAAUUGAAUUAGUUGAUUGAGCACUCAAUUCGAAUCGAUUCAGUCCGUCCUAGUAUCUGUUAUCCUUUUGUUUUUGCCUUCCUAUCAAUUGGUUCCAGUUUUAGACAGUUUAAUGCAAAAAGACAAACUCAAGCGAACCUAGCUACAAAUUAAUUGCGAAUUUAGUGGGCACUAAGCCGAGUUACCGAGCACUCUACACCACACCACACAUCACUGUAAAUCCCAAUCAAAGCUAAGUAAAUCACACGAUUUCCGCACAAAGCACAAGAGCAUCACGAAAAUUUGUAAAUACAGCUUAGAUAAAAGAUACUGUAUAAAUGUCAGAGGUCAGAGAACCCAGCGCACUCUGCAAAGCUAAUAAUAUUGUAAAAAUAAAAACUAAAUUAAGCGAAGGCGACAACUAUAAGUGUAAAUCGGCAAGUAGUCGCAAGCAAAGUAUUAUUAAACUAUACGAUACGCGUGAAAAGUGAGAUAAAAGAAAAUCCCAAUGAAAACCCAAGCUUAAGUUUUGUUUUCCUCUAUCGAUGCGUAAAUCUAGCCUGUACAGUUCUUAAAGUUAGCCCCGAAUUAUGAUUAAACCUAGCACUCUGAAUGGCCAUAGCCAAAUGGUUUGGAGCUCUCCAGAUCGGGCAGAUAGAAAGUAAAUCCCCCCCACAAGUAAUUUAGUGAAUAUUUUUACAUUUUAUAUGUAAAGUAUUGGUGGAAAAGAAGAACAUACGAAACGAUGAACAAACAUGUUUUAAAGACUGGUUUUUUGUACACUUUAACUUGAAUAAGCAUGAUACUGAUUAUGUAAAUGAUUAUUAUGAACGAAUGUCAAAGGUCCUUCAGUUGCACCCCCGCAAGACCUGUCCCGAAUGUAGUUUCCACCCAAUCUCAUGUAGUCAGACUACAUGCGGCUGCAGACCGAGGAUUUGGGAGCACCCUUCAAUAUCCGAUCGUAUCAAUCCAAUCAUUUGUCAGCUGAUACCAAAUAGGCGGCUCUGCAUGUUAACCAACCAACUAAUGACCAAUUUUGUGAGAUUUUGUUUCUUAGGCACUAGACCCGACUUAGGCUAAGACUACUUAAACGCUAGAAGGGCUUGUAAAUUUCUCAUACCGACACCGGCGGUGGUAACAAAUGCUUCAUCUGUAAUAUAACGACAAGAAUCAUAUUAUUUCGAAUACUAAGGCAGAAAACUAUGCAUUUUAACUGUUAAACACAUAAAUAGUAGUGCGUAUGAUGCAACUAUAGGUGGAUAUUUCCAUGCAUUAUGUACAUAAUGUUGUAAGUGAAAAGAACGAAAAGAAAAGCUUAAUCAACUGCAUUGCGAUGGAGCAAUGAACACCUUUGGGGAUCCACACAGAGUUCUACCGAAAUCCCCCAAUUAAAUGUGCACACUCUUUUCGAGCAAAUGGAAUCCUUUCCGCGACUAAACUACCUUCACACAUUAACUAAAGUAAUUGAGAACGAUAGAAUCAAGGCCACAGAUACGACAGAAGAUUAUCUAAUUGACGGUGUUAUGCAAUUUAUAAAUGUGAUGAAUGUCAAAGUUAAGCGUAAACAAUUUAAAGGCAACCGAAGAAAAUACAAAAACACAAAAAAAUACAAAUAAAUAUAAAUAUAAAUAUAAACAAACGAUUCAUGAGAAAGAGCUGAAUGUAGCGAGAACUUAAGUAUCUAAGCAUGCCCACGAUUUUAGAGCUAAGCGAAUAGAUGAAGAUACAAAUACAAAAAUACAAAUACCCAGAGGCAGACCAUAGGUUUUAAAGAACGAACGAAGCAUUUGCCCCACAUCCUGACAGGUUCCCGCAGCUUGUAGAGGCCAUUGCAGCAGGAGGAGGCGCCACAGAGAUCGGACAAGGUCUCGCGAUAAACAGAAUUAAUGAUAUGAGUAUAUGUAUGUAUAUGUAUGUACACCUAAGCUAAUCGUAAGCCAAUGAAAGUUGAAAUGGACUAAAGAUACAUGGAACAGACAUUGAAAGCGUCUAAAUAAA